AUGGAGUGGUUUACAUGGGAUAAUGAUAAAAGCUUCGAGGAAAACCUUUUAGAAUCUCCAGAAGAGAUACUUGAGGGACAAUCUCUUGUUCCCAGACAAUUAGCGGCCGAAGUAAAGGAGCACACUCAAAUGAUCGAGGAAGGUAAUUUCGAGUUGCCAUUGCCAACACACAAAUAUGAUUGUAUUCCAAAAUACAAUACUUCGACGGAUGUGAACAAAGUUCCUCCACUUAUGAAAAAAAUCAAGAAAGUGCAACAUUGGAAAGAAGAAGAACACAGGUUAUUUCUCGAGGGGCUCGAGAAGUAUGGCAAGGGAAAUUGGAAAGCUAUUUCAAAGUAUGUUGGCACAAAAUCUUAUACUCAAGUUGCUAGCCAUGCUCAAAAGUAUUUCAUUCGAGUUGAUCAACAAAAUGUUGAUUCAUCAAAAAAGAGUAAAAGAAGAAGUAAAUUUGACACUACCUUAUGGAACGGAAAUUUCCACCCUCUUCUCGAUAGGGACUACAUUCCUCCUCCUCCUCCAAAUGUUGAGACACAACCAAUUGUAGAGCAGUUACUGCAACAAUUUCAACAAGCUCAAAAAGCAUUGUAG